AUGGAAUCUGGAGGGAAAGCAGCGGCCGCGAAAGUUGCUUCAGCUCCGAUCAAAAAGGAGCUCCCCACGAAGCAGGGCACGGACUCUGGAGGGAAAGCAGAGGCCGCGAAAGUUGUUUCAGCCCCGAUCAAAAAGGAGCUCUCGACGAAGCAGGGCAUGGAAUCUGGAGGGAAAGCAGAGGCCGCGAAAGUUGCUUCAGCUCCGAUCAAAAAGGAGCUCCCCACGAAGCCGGGCACGGACUCUGGAGGGAAAGCAGAGGCCGCGAAAGUUGCUUCAGCCUCGGUCAAAAAGGAGCUCCCGACGAAGCAGGGCACGUUAUCUGCAGGGAAAGCGGAGGAGGUUCCGACAGUCUCGGUGUCGCAGCAAAUGGUUCCAAGCAACAGAGCAUCAAGGUCUGGCGUGCAUGGUGUCAGAGCUGCCAAGCCCGAGAAGGCUGGCAAGAAAUCGCAAACGAAGAAGGUUGGAACGGAUGCAGAGCUUGCGAAGCAGAAGCGGCAGGCGACUGUCCCAGGCACGCUCGGUGCUCCUGGAGUUUCCACCUCUGGAUCUGCGCAGCCCGGAGGAUUCGGGGAUGGCUCGCUGGGCCCAGGCCCAGCCUUGUCCUCAAGGAAGAAACGACAGCGAGCUGCAAAGGCAGAGGCGAAAGAAGCUUCCAGAAACGCCCUGCAUGAUGCCAACCAGGCUGCAGAAGAGGAGCUCUUCGAUGCCCAGGUCCCGGUCCCGGCUGCAAAGCGACGCCGCACAAGAGCAGGCCCAGGAAUGUGCCUUGGCUGUGGCCAGAAGCUGCCGGAGGGUCCGCGAGCCUACGAGAGAACGGACCGAGAGAAAGGCCAGAAAGGCUCGGCCUACUGUGAGCCCUGUUCGGAGCAGCUUCGGAGCAAAAGGAGUUUGGUGAGAAUUGGUGACUUUGCAUGGUGCAAAGAUCCACAAUCGCGGGGCGCAGAUGCCUUGGCUCAUUGGCCGGCCGUUUGCUUGCACCUCGUUUUCUCAUCGAAGGACGAGAAGAAGCCCUAUGUGGUGCAGCUUGUCCGGCCAACCUUCCCCGAGCAACAAACCGCUGUGCAACGUGUAAGACAGCGAGAUGUGGUGCCUUGGGAGGACAGUGUGCUCAAUGCUAGCAUUGAGAGACUCGCCAAGGGGCAUAAGCGCAAGCGAGCUGUUGAUUUGGCGGCCGCUUUGCGACUGGCAGGAGCGGCUGGAGCCAAUCUCACAUCCGCCAUGACGUCUUUGAGCAUGAUGAAGAAGUCCAGCCCCAGAUGCGUGAAACCUUCGGACUCACUAGGCGCCAAAGGUGUCUGGUGGAUGUCACCACUUCGCCCAAGUCGUCGAUCUCCUGCGGGACCAUUGAAGCAAAGACCCAAGAGAAUGCAGGGCCUUGAUGCCUCUACGUGUCGAAAGAGAGCCGCAUCAGCAAACCUCGAGAUUUUGCGACGUGAGCUUGAUGCAGCCAGCCAGUAUGAGAAAGAGUUGCAAGCAAGGCUGCAGGAGUUGAAGAAUGCCGCCUGA